AAGACUGCGAGUAGAACCCCCGACGUGGACCAACACCCGACUCGACUCGAGGGGGUCAGUUCGACGACGACAUUCCCGGACGGUAUUCCGUUCAGAGACAACCGCGCCUCGUACUCGCGAUCGCAGAAGUCAACGAGACCGUACCAGGAGGGAUGCCGGACUGUCGGACGACAAAGCAUUGGAAUUACUAGUUCAUUCGCUUAAGAGUGUCCAUCAGUUUGUGUCCACGUUGUAAAUCACCGUGGUAAGGUUCCGAGUGCCUUCGACCGAGAGUGCACGGUCUCAAAAAACUUCGAUAUCAACGAUACCGACGAUCCCGAGAGUGUUCGUCGAAACGGGGGUGUAUUCUCGUCGGAUUGUCGGAAAAUUAACUAGGUGAAAUAAUUCAGUCGUGGAUUAAAACUGUCGUACGUACGUUAACGUGAUGGAAGGUCAUCGUGUUCGUGCGGCGUCGUAAUUGUGACCGCACAGGUUGAAAACAAACUACUCAAUCUCAAUCCGCGGGUGACAUCGACGAGAAGUAAAGCUGCGAAGCUAACGGCCGGUUGUCCGUAACGCUGGGCUAAAAGGAACAAAACUCGCGUCCCCUGGAUAACUUCAGGCCAACCCUGAACUAUGCAUGGUGCGAAAUGGUGUGCUCCUUGACUAAGACGAGCUGCGCGGGGGAAAGUGCGGAAGGUUGUGCGGAUUUGAGAGUGAUCAGAUCAGGGGUACACGUGGGUAGUUUAGAGAAUAGCGAACCCGGUGCAGACAUGUCAUCGUUGAGCGACGCUCAUCGUCGGAGCGCAAGCCACUUGGACGGCGACCGGAGUUCCUCCGCGGGCUCUUCCCUCGGUUCUUGUUCGCCGCCGCCGCCUUCCAGCCACUCGCCACCGCCCCCCAGACCUCCGUGGCUACACGAUUUUCACGCGGCCGCCUCGCCGCACGUUCUCCAGUUCCUAAAUCUGAGUGCCGCUGGCGGUGGGAUGCUCGGUAGCCAACCGUUGGCAGCCCUACAUUCCAUGGCCGAGAGAAGUCAUCAGCAACAACAACACCACCAACAACAGAGUCUGCAAUUGUCGGGGGUCUCGGCCGCGCAACUCGCGAAUCAGCCGCAGGGACAACCGUCGCCAACGGGCAGCGGUAAACAAAGUCCCGCCACCUCGAUUACGUCCGUCGGAAGCAACCCGCACGGCAUCGAUACCAUUCUCUCGAGACCGGCGGCGACGCAUCCUCAAGUACCGGUUUCCACCUCGCACGGAUUGCCGCCAGCACCUCAUCCUCAACCCUUGGCCGCACCGCGGUACGCGAUGCACACGGGAUUCACCGCCUCCGCUGGUAUGGGACAGUUUCAACAGAGGACGGAACCUCGGCAUCCGGCCGUUUAUUGGCCAGGACUUCAAGGACUCGUUAGCGAUCCUUUGGCAUGGCGAGCCAGAUUACAUUCUCUUUCGCAACAGCUCGGAUGUCAGCAAGCGAUGACCGGCGCGGGAGGCGGUGGCCUCGGGGACCACGAGGGUGGCAAGAAGAAACACACCAGGCCUACGUUUAGCGGUCAACAAAUAUUCGCCCUAGAGAAGACCUUCGAACAAACGAAAUACCUGGCGGGUCCGGAACGCGCAAAAUUAGCCUACGCACUCGGAAUGUCCGAAUCACAAGUCAAGGUGUGGUUUCAAAAUCGGCGGACAAAGUGGCGUAAGAAACACGCGGCGGAAAUGGCGACCGCAAAGAGACGUCAGGAGGAAGUCGAGGGUGUCGGCGGAGAGGGUGACGACGGAUGCAGCGACGGCGAGGGUGACGGAAACGGAGACACGGCUGCGAAGAGACUCAGGAGAGAACUCGAGCAACAAUACGGGCCCUGAAUACUCAAAAUCUCCCACCGUAGAACUCGAUUUUCGUAUCACCGCGAAUCGUCGUUAUGUGAUCGUCCGAGGAACGAUAAAAAAAAUAAAAAAUAAAAUAGAAAUAAACAGGAGGGAAGGGAAGGGGGAAAAACGUCGAAAAGUAGAGACGUCGUCGGACGUAAAGCAAUGUGGAACAGUUCUUCUGACGCCGCAUCUGAAUGAGGUUCUGAAAUUUGGAUACUUCCAUCUUCUGAGGGGAUUUGAGAAAAAGUGCAAAUUCUGAUUGUAUGAUGCGGACCGUAGCUUUUUGACAUUGAGAGAUGAGAGAACGUCGCUGCAUUCCGUUGAUCGGCGACUCGAAUAAACGUCCUUAAAUUAGGCGACUGCAUAAACGACCGUUGUAUUGGUUUGUAGGCUCGAGUCAAUCUUCGAGAGAAGAGAAAGUACGCGUAUUUCGUUUGAAAUAAUUCAAUAGUAUUGCGAGUGUGUACGAACAAUUUAAUAUAUCGGCACUCGUUUCGCGUUACGCAAUCGCGCCGUAUCGAACGUCCCUAUUUACUUGCGUAUAUUAUAUUGGUUUCGUAGAAAAGUUCGAACGACGACUGCGAGUGCCGCGUAUCGAGCAAAAUAUAAUUAUGAUUGGCAGGCGAUAACCGCGCGCAACUAUAAUUACACCAAAAUAAUGACUAAAAAGUGAUCGGAACGAUCCGAUGAAAGAAUUUUGUAUAAUAUGUAGAUAUAUAUAAUUAACGUAAAUGUGAUAUUUGGCGUUUUAAAUGCGGAGUUGAUGAUAUGGGUAACACACAUACAAUACACAAAAUUACGUACGUACAUACCUAUAUUAUGAAUAUAUUAUAUCUAUUGAAAGCAAGGAAAAGUAAAGGAAAAAAAAAACAGAAAAACUAAAAAAUUCUAUUGAUCUCGUAAGGUAAAACACACACACGAAAACUGCACAACGCCACAUACAACACACACACACACACACACACACACACAUAGUAUGUAUGCUGAACCACACUAACAAAUUAUAAUGAAUAUACUGUAAUACGAAACGUACACACCAAUAUAUAAUAGGUAAUUAUUAAAUUUAAAGUUAUAAUUACGUAUUAAUUAAAAGUAAUAAAAUGAAUUACCACACGAGUAUUUAUAUAAUCACUGUACAGUAUUAGGUAAAUUGAUAUGAGACGAAAAGAAAAGAGAAUACUUAUGAAGAUUAAAAAUUGGAUAAACGAAAAGGAGAAAAAACAACAAAAUAAACAACAAAAUACAAAAAACAAUUACAAAUAAGUUUAGAAGGACUUGUAUAAAGCAUUGUAUAAAUUAUAAAUAUUAUAAUUGCUUGUGUAUCAUAUCUCUGAUUUAAUAAAUGGCCAAUACAAUAUUGUAUCUAUAAUAAAAU